AUGAAUACUACUAUUUUAAACUUUGAAUAUAGCUUCAUAAUAGAUCCCAAAUUUACCAAACCAAAUUUAAUAACGUACUUUGAAUCAAGUCCUCAAAUAUGGAACGAAUAUGUUAAUGAACAAACGAGAUCUUCUUAUAGAAUGAUUGAUAAUUUAUAUAAUUUAAAACAAAUUAUUCAACAGAUAAAUACUCAACAAACUAAGAAUGGUAAUUAUAUAAAUUUAAUAGAAAAUAAUCAAUUAAUAACAGUAUCAUUUAAUGGAUCAAUUGAUUUUGUUACUAAAUCAAGAACAAAAAUUAUGCAAAAAUACAAUCAAGUAAGUUUUAAAACUAUUCCAUUAACUCCUGGUGAGUUUAUGAAAAUAAAUGAAAAAUUUACUGCAGAAUUAUAUAAAUUAGCCAACCAAUAUAAAGUUGAAAUUAUAAUAAAUAAUGAUAAAUCUUGUUUCUCCAAAACAAUUGCAGCUGGAAAUUAUGCAAUUCAUAUAUUGGGUAAUCAAGAUAAUAUUACUAUUACCGAGACAUCAACGAGAAUCUUAAUUGAUAAUUUAAUCAAUAAUAAUUAUUUGGAUUCAAUUGAUAUUGAAUUGUCAUUGAUUCCCAUUAUUGGUGGUAAACAAUUAGUUAAUUUUACUCAAAUUGCUAAACAAACUAAUUCUAAUAUUUAUAUUCCUGACUUAUUACCAAACUUAUUCAAUUCAAAGAUUUCCAGUAGAAAGUUAUGGAUUACAAGCAAAUCUAUUCCUGAAAUCUUAUUAACCAAACAAAUAUUAUCAAAGAUCAUAAAUGAUAAGAAACAGUUGAUGGUUAAAGAACUUGAUAUAACUAAAGUUAAAUUGGAUUUAAUUACAUUAUACAAUCAAAAUGAUAUCCUUAAUAUAAUGUUUAAUCAAGGUGUUUUCAUUCAAUUGCCUAACCUUGGAUCUAAGGAAGCUAGAAUUUUAAUUCAAGGUACUUCAUUAGAUGCUCUUAAUGAAGUCAUACUGGAGAUUAAUUUAAUCUGUUCAAAUUACUAUACUAUUCAAUUGAAUGGUAGUAAUAUUAAUAAUGAAUAUUUAUUAAUUCAAUUAUUAUCUCUGAAAAAGUCUUGUGUUAUUAACUCAACUAAAUACGGAUUAGAUAUCAAUGGAGAGUCGAGUGAAAUAAAACAAUUACUUUUAAAAAUGACUUCAUUGAAUAUGAGCUUUGAACAAAUCAAAUUAAGAAUAGAAUUAAACAAUUCACAAAGAGAUUUUAUUAGUGGUAAAAAGAAUGGGAAAUUAAUUAAAAUAUUGAAUCAAUUGAAUAAUCAAUUAUCUAUAAUUAAAUUCAAACCAUUUAAUGAGUAUAAUUUCUUUAUAGAUUUUGAAAUUAAUGAUACUACAUUUCAAAGUUUACUUCAAGGUUUGGAAUUACUUGAAUUAGAAUUACCAGCUGAAUUGAAAUUUAAUAUUCCAGAAGUCUUUCAUAAAUCAAUCAUUGGGAAUGGAGGUUCAAUAAUUCAAUCAAUUAUGAAAAAGUAUAAUGUUUUUAUUAAAUUUUCCAAUUCCAAUUUGAAUAGUAUAUCAAAUGAAGAGAUUUAUUCAUUUAGAAGACUUAAUAAUGUUUUAAUUAAAUGUCCAAGGAAGAAUGAAAAGAAUAUUGAAUUGGCAAAAUAUGAAAUUGAUCAAUUGGUAUUAAAGUGUUGUAUGAAUAACAUUAUGCCCAAUAAUAAUAAUAAUAAUAAUAAUAAUAAUAAUAAUACCAAUAUUACUAUUUAUAACACUUUAAAGUUCCAAUUAUUAAAGAGUCAUUAUUUAUUAUUAAUCAAUAAUAACAAGAUACAAGCUAUUAAUGAAAUGGAAAUUGAAACCAAUUCUUUUAUUAGUUUCCCUACUUCUAUUGAAGACUUUAAAUUUGAAAAUGGUAAUGGAAAUAGUUUAACUAUUGAUAUCAAAGGGGCAGACAGUAAGAUUAAGCUGUGUUUUACCAAAUUAAAAUCAGUCUUGCCUAGUAAUUACGAAUUCAAGAUAACUGCUAACCCAGGUAAAUUUGAAGAUAACUUUAAUGGAACUUUAAAACAAGAUUUUUAUGACAACAUAUCUAUACCUUUUAAAAUCUUAUUAGGGAUUGAAAUUCUUGUUAAUGAAGUUCCAUUAAAUGAAUCAGGUACUACAAAUUAUCAUCAAAUAUUACUUAGUUACUAUGAACAAGAUAAUUUAAAUGCUGCUAUUGAAUCAUUAACAAUUUAUUUAAGACAAAAGGGAUUUUUAAUCUUAGAAAAGGGUCAUUACGAUUUUGAUCCAUUAAUUGAGGAAACUCAACAUGCAUUAUCAAUACCAUUACAACCUAUUACUAAUACCAAUAAUAUUAAUAACAAUAAUAUACCUAUAGCUCAACCAAAAGCUAGAAAAAUCGUUACGAACUUUAACAUUGACGUUUCUCCGCAUAAAACUAACCAGUAUGUACAUUAUAUAUCAUAG